AUGAGGGGUCGCACCGGACUUGGGGCGCUGCUCCGGCAGUCGUCUAGACACCAAGGUACUUGGCGGCCGUUCUCUUCAAGUUCGGCGCGUCUCGCCACAAAGCCGGGCGACAUUGGUGCGCGGCCGGAUGGCGCAAGCAGGUCAUGGUCAACACGAGGAGUGCUGGCAGUGGCCGGAGCCGCUGGUGUCCUUGGCUGGGGCAUUGCACAAGUUUCGAAGAAUGGUGAGGUGAAUGGCAAGCCCGCCGUGGUACGAAAGCCUCGCUAUGCGACUGUCAAGGAGAUGGAAAAGGCCAUCCAGAAGAUAGCCUUCGAGUUGGGGGACGAGGACAUCAUCUCAACUGAUCCAGAGGAUCUGCACCGCCAUGGAUACUCAGAAUGGUCGACAGUGAACCCCGACACGUUGCCUGUGGCCGUAGCGUAUCCUCACACCACGGAGCAAGUGUCCACGAUUGCCAGGAUCUGCCAUGAGCACCACAUCCCCAUCAUCCCCUACUCGGGUGGCACGAGCCUUGAGGGCAACUUUACUGCACCGUAUGGCGGCGUCAGUGUCGAUUUUGCGUUUAUGGACAAGAUUGUCGAGUUCAACAAGGACGAUAUGGAUGUUGUGGUGCAGCCUAGCAUAGGCUGGCAAGAUCUGAACCAGCAGCUGGCGGACAUGGACAGUGGACUCUUCUUUCCUGUGGACCCUGGUCCGACGGCCAAGAUUGGCGGCAUGAUUGGUACCAACUGCUCGGGAACUAACGCUGUGCGCUAUGGUACCAUGAAAGAUUGGGUCAUCAACUUGACAGUUGUGCUUGCCGAUGGGCGGGUCAUCAAGACUCGUCGCAGGCCACGCAAGUGUUCUGCCGGCUACAACCUCAACAGCCUCUUUGUCGGUUCCGAGGGUACUCUGGGCUUGGUGACAGAGGCAACCCUCAAGCUGGCCAUUGUUCCCGAGGACUAUGCUGUUGCGGUCGUCAGCUUCCCAUCCAUUCGCGACGCUGCAUCGGCUGCUGCCGGCGUGAUGCAAGCCGGCAUACCCGUUGCUGCGAUGGAAGUGAUGGACGAGGUGCAGAUGAUGGUGAUUAACAAGAGCGGCGCUACGGCGCCCCUGACGUGGGAUGAGCUGCCCACGCUGUUCUUCAAAUUUUCGGGCACAAAGGCGGCCGUGAAGGAACACAUCUCCCUGGUCGACACCAUCACAAAAUCCAACAAGGGUGGCAAUUUUCAGUUCGCAAAGGACGCGGCGGAGCAGAAGCUUCUGUGGUCAGCCCGGAAAGAGUCUCUCUGGUCCAUGUUGUCUCUGAGGCAGGGCGACGAGGACGUCUGGAGCACGGAUGUCGCAGUGCCCUUUAGCCGUCUCGCCGAUAUAAUCGAAGUGAGCAAGAAGGAGAUGGACGACCUCGGUCUUUUCGCCAGCAUCCUCGGCCACAUUGGCGAUGGCAAUUUCCACGAGAGCAUCAUGUAUAACAAGAAGGAUCCCGCGGAGCGCGCCAAAGUCGAGGCAUGUGUCAAGAACAUGGUGAAGCGCGCGCUCAACAUGGAGGGCACGUGUACUGGCGAGCACGGUAUUGGCUGGGGCAAAAAGGAGUCCCUGUUCUGGGAAGUUGGGCCGGAGGUGCUCGGCGUCAUGGGCGCGAUCAAGGGCGCCCUCGAUCCUCUCUGGCUUAUGAAUCCGGGCAAGAUCAUGGACGUCCCUGGGAUGGAGAACAGCUACAACCGCAAUCAUGGGGUCAUGCCUGUUCGCGCGACGGCCAAGCCCGCUGGUAUCGAGACGUCCCUGGUGGAGGAGGAGCUCAAGGAACAGCUGGUCGAGGUCAAUGGCGGGACUGCGAACGGCCACAUUGCCACCAGCAAAGACGAACAACAUACUGAAACGAUAUGCCAGAAGGCUGAAGAUCCCGUUCCUCUGUGUCCUGAGCCACCUCCAAGGCAAGGAGGCUCUCUGCCGUGGCAGAAAUGGCCCAGUCUCACCCUCGAACUCACAAGGCUGCCCAAGAACACCGAGACGCGCCAUCUCUGGAAGUGGUUCAGCCGGGAGGGCAACAUUGUUCAUCUGCAGGUCAUGCAGCAAGACGAACGUCGCUCCAGCAGUCGCGCACCCGAGGCCAGCGUCCGGUUCGAGCCGCCACCAUCGAGAAACUUUUGGAACAAUGGGGAGUAUACUGUCACACAUCCUCAAGAGGACACGGCUGUCAGGAUCAAGAUUCUCCCUCCUCGUCAAGAUGCACAGGAAUGGUCGUAUGGCCCCUUCAGCCUUGAUCCAGCAGGCAACAUUAUCAGAAUGACGGGUGUACGGGGCCAACAACGCCCAAUGCUCAUUGCGCUCAAACCGACGGGUAUGGACUUUGGUGUCAUGACAGGCCCAAACACUAUGAGCGCCAUGAAGCGGGCUGCCCCAAUGGAAGAGGAGCCUCUAGUCCUUGAGCUCAACAGUCGACACAGAAGGCUGUGCAUACAAUUUCCGCACAAAGCACGAUUUCCGGCCAAGAGCAGGAGUACUCCCAUUGGACCAAUAAUCUUCCGUAUCGAGGUGAACUUGGUCCAGAUCAAGACAGUCUAUCAGCUCAAAGACCAGAAUGGGACAUUUACAUCACUUGUUCUCCCUCUGACCCAGCCUCCGCAGUACUUCUGGAGGAAUGACGAUGUGGGAACCACCAUGGCAGAUGCAAACGAGAGUCGCUGGGGGAGGCAGGAUAUCUGGUAUCGCGCAACCCACAUUGCUGGAGACAUGACCAUCAACAAUUGGUACCCGAUCUCUGUCAAUGAAGCCAUCCCUGAUCCCGAACACAUCGACAUUGGUCGGUGGACUUGUUUCCGUUUUCAGCUUGACACAGACGAUGCCACCAAUAAGUUGACAAAGCAGUUCAAGUCAGCCUUGGAAGACUUCAACGUCCAGUAUGUCGAGCACUUGGAUCUCGAGGUGAAGUCCGGCAUCGAAGCUCCCAUGUGGGCGCAGGUAGAUCAUCCACCCUCCCACGCAGCAACCUCUCACAGCGAAGCGCUGGCGUCCCUCAGCUUGCAACACGUUUUCGACAUUGACUUUGCCGUCCGUUACCAGCUCGAAGUGUGCAUCUCCAAGGGCCUCAUCAGCGACCACAAUAUCACUGAGGAGUUCCUCCAAAAGCUCGCCAUUGAGUAUAGAAGUCCAGACGAGUCACCAAACUGUGACCCCAACAGAGCAAGGCAACGUCUGGAAUGGCUAGUUGAUCAGAAAAUCCGUUUGGAUGACCCAAUGACGCUCUUCACCAACCCAGACGCAGGAGCCUUCUACACCAGCAAUAGACUGCCUCACUAUUGUACGCUGGUUCGCAAAGCCGUCGUGACUCCCACCACGAUUCAUUUCAGCACACCUGUCGCCGAAACAUCGAAUCGAGUCAUGCGCAAGUAUGACCUUAUUCAGGAUCGCUUUCUGCGCGUGCAAUUCCUGGAUGAGGGCGAGCAGGGUAGAAUUGGCAUUUACAAGCCGCAGAACAAGGCUCUGUACACUCGGCUGGAACGCACCCUAUACCAGGGCAUUCAGAUCGGCGAUCGUCGCUACGAGUUCCUAGCAUUCGGCAGCUCUCAGCUUCGAGAGUGUGGCGCCUACUUCUUCUGCCCCACGGAGAGCGUUUCGUGCGACGAUAUCCGGAGAUGGAUGGGCAGCUUUGACCACAUCAAGAUCGUUGCCAAAUACGCCGCGAGACUGGGCCAGUGUUUUUCGACAACCAGAGAGAUCAAGGGGAUUCAGGUCCCACAUAUCGUCCGCGUUCCCGACAUUGAAAGAAAUGGCUACUGCUUCAGCGAUGGUGUCGGCAUCAUCUCGCCUUUCCUGGCUCGCCUGAUCGUUCAGGAGAUGGAUACGGAUGCCUUCUCUGCCAAUUGCUCGGCGUUCCAAUUUCGCAUGGGGGGCUGCAAGGGCGUGCUCACCGUUUGGCCCGAAGCAAAGGGGAUGGAAGUGCACAUACGCAACUCGCAGGAGAAGUUUACCACCAGCUUCCAUGGCCUCGAAAUUAUCCGCUGUGCUAGAUUGGCGACUGCCACCUUGAAUCGACAGACAAUUUCGAUACUUGAGUGUCUUGGUGUGCCGACAGGGGCUUUCAUGAACCUUCUUGAUGAUCAACUCCGGAAGUUCGAGGCAGCUCUGGGCGACAAGCAGGAAAACAAGCAGCAGGCGCUCAGUCUUUUGACUCAGUUUGUCGACGAGAACCAGACCACUCUGAUCAUGGCCGAGCUUUUAAAGGCAGAUUUCAUCGGCGAUGGUAUCCGAGAGCCGUUCGUGGCCAGCAUCCUGAACCUGUGGAGGGCUUGGUCUUUGAAGCUUCUCAAAGAGAAGGCCCGUAUCCAUGUACCACAAAGCGCAUUCGUUCUUGGCUGCCUCGACGAGACAGGUACGCUGCGCGGGCAUCGAACUGCUUGGGAGAAACCGUUCGUGAACCAACAAGCAAGGUCGUACCCGAAGCAGGAGCGCGCCCAUCUCCCCGAGAUUUUCCUGCAGCUGUCUGAUCCCAAGAUCCAUAACAAAUCGACGGUUGUGGAAGGAAUCUGCAUCGUGGGCCGGAAUCCGUCACUUCACCCAGGAGAUAUCAGAGUUGUGCGAGCCGUCAACGUAGAGAAGCUGCAGCAUCUCAAAGACGUUGUGGUUUUUCCCAGUACCGGCGAUCGACCCCUGCCCAACAUGCUGUCGGGAGGAGACCUUGACGGAGACGAUUACUUUGUCAUUUGGGACCAGUCUUUGAUCCCUAAAGAGUGGCAUGCCAGCCCGAUGAGCUUCGAAACUUCAGAGCCCAAGGUGGAAGACAAGGUGACCGUGGACGACCUUCGCGAUUUCUUUGUCUCCUACAUCCAGAACGAUGUACUUCCUCUGGUGGCCGUGGCCCAUCUCGGCCAGUCUGAUGUGCAGAAGGAAGGACCCAAAAGUGCGAGAUGCCUAAGUCUCGCCGAGAAGCAUUCGUUGGCUGUCGACUUUCCCAAAACCGGCGUGCCUGUCGGCUGGAGCACGGAACUUCAGCCCAAGCAGUGGCCACAUUUCAUGGAAAAGAGAAGCCGAUAUCAAUCGCAGAAAACCCUGGGAAAGAUUUACGACGAGGUUCAGGCACAUGCUGUCCACUUUCAGCCAGAUUGGGAGGACGACUUUGACCAGAGGAUCUUGGGUCGCUACGAAUUCGAGGAAGAGACCCUCGACACAGCACGCAAAAUCAAGAAGCAGUAUGACACAGCAGUUCGCCGCGUGUUGGUCCAGCACAAGGUCGGGACAGAAUUUGAACUGUGGACCGGCUUUGCCAUGUCGAGGCCGGUGAUCGGCAGCGACUACAAGCGCCAGGAGCACCUCGGGAAGGAGUAUGACACGUUGCGGCAGAGGUUUCGAGAAAUGUGCUACAAUGCAGCUGGUGGGCAUGGGCCUGAGAAAAUCGAUCCCUUUGUGGCUACCAUGUACAAGGUGACGGAGAUGGAGCUCAAGCAGACACUCGAGAAACACCGCGAGAGCCUGAGCGAUGACUUGGCGAACGGCACGCUGUUUGUCAACACCUUGGACGCCCAUGCGAUGCCUUUGGUGACAUUCCCAUGGAUUUUCCCUCAUGUCAUGAUCCGCAUUGCGCAGGGAACCGCCAAGUCCAAGAUGCAUAGCAAGGCUGGCACGCACAGGGAAUCUCAACAGCCAGUGUACAAGAAAGGCAACACAAAGACUGGCAAUGGACAAGCACCGACCGCAACAAACGACGAGUGCAAGCCUUCUGAGGCGUUGGAGAUUGCAGCCGGACAUGUAGACGCCAAGUCGCCCGUCGCAGUCCCGCCGCCGCUUGGGCCAGGGACCGCUGUGGUUGAGGUGAACGAAGAAAUGCCUUCUAACACCGCUGCCAAUAGCGACGAAGAUGGCAGCUCAGCUCACAAGGGGAAGCCCAUGUCCGCAUACACGACAAGCGCUUCGUCCACUGUCGACAGUUGGCAUGACGCAAUGAACGGGGAGGCCAGUCCAUCCGACAGUGAAUCUGACAGCGAGCCUGAGUGCGAGGAGGGAAAGGCAUCGGCGAUGGACAAGCUUGUUGCGAUGGGAAACGAUAGUUGA